AUGUCGAUUAGUAUUUAUAAUCAACCACGAAUACUUUGCAUGUCUGCAAGUUUAGCUAAAUUGAAAAUAAAUGUCACAUAUUUUGAUAAUUGUCUUUAUCUUCUUGAUGGAUAUCUUAACUGUUUAUCGAAUUCGACUAUUGCUGUGGAAAAAAUUGGACAAACGAGAGCAUAUACAACCAAUAGCAUAAGGUUAAAGAAUAAUUCGAUUAAUAAGAUAUUUUGUUAUGAUGAUCGAAUUAUUCCAUUGCUACAUCGAAUGAUCAAUCUCGAAGAAUUGAUAUUGUUUUUGUCAAUAGCAACAUUUGAUUGGAAUGUUAUUGAUGGUAUUCAAUUACAUGAUUCAAUUCUUAUUAAUAUUCCACGAUUGAAUAAAUUUAGUUUCAGUUUAUAUACACAUGGUAUCAUUCAUAAUAAUAUUAAAAUUGAUUUUACAUCAAAUGAAGACAUUCAACGUAGUUUCACUGAUAAAAUAUAUGGACAAGUUAGUUCAUAUGUCUAUUUUAAACCAGGGAGACCCGUAAUUAAAUCUCAUAUCUAUUCACUUCCAUAUCAAUUUGAAAACUUUCUUCCUCUUAACAAUUCUUAUCAAGGUGGUGCAACAUUGCAUCAAAGCAGCAAAAGUUCACAAUAUCGUGUAACUCUACUUUGA